AUGGCGAGAUUCGCACUGAUUGGAUUUUUGUUCCGCCUCGUCGUCGUCUUCCUUUUAGUUGGUACGACCUUUUCAGCGAGAUCUGAUGAGGAAAUUCGGGAGCGGUUUUACGGAAACGUCGUCAACUCUACGGCACCGGGAAACGGUGAAGGCAGUAUCGCCAAAAUGUUCGAUCGUGUUCUCGAGAAAGAAUUUUCCGAAAACGAUCAGCCUGAAGGAGCGGAUGGAGCUAGCUUUAACAGCAGUGUUGCUGAUCAACAAGCUGAAAUAGAGACGGUUGCUAAAGUAACACAUGAGAAGGGCAAAAGAAAUGAUACACAAGAAAAUAAUGGCACAAGACCAUUCCAACUUCAAGAUGUGUUUUCCCUGGAAAAUGAAGAUUCUGAUGAUAUGACUCUUAUUGACAAAAAGAAUAAUGUUUUCGUCAUGUCGAACAAAAAAUCUAAGUAUCCUAUACUUCAAGUAGAUUUGAGAUUAAUAUCAGACUUGGUAGUCAUUAUUGUUUUUGCUGCAAUUGGUGGAAUUGUCUUCUCGUGUCUUGGACAACCGGUCAUUGUUGGAUAUCUUCUGGCAGGGUCGAUCAUUGGGCCAGGAGGUCUGAAAUUCAUCAGUGAAAUGGUUCAGGUUGAAACCGUAGCCCAGUUCGGUGUUGUUUUCCUCCUUUUUGCUUUGGGCUUAGAAUUCUCAAUGACUAAGCUUAAAGUUGUUGGCCCAGUUGCUGUCCUUGGAGGACUUCUUCAAAUUGUCUUACUUAUGUUUUUGUGUGGUGUAACCGCCUUGUUGUGUGGAGCAAGGUUGUCGGAGGGUAUUUUUGUUGGUGCUUUUCUAUCCAUGUCAUCAACUGCAGUGGUGGUAAAGUUUUUGGUGGAACGGAACAGUACAAGUUCACUUCAUGGUCAAGUUACGAUAGGGAUACUUAUCUUUCAGGACUGUGUUGUUGGUUUACUAUUCGCAUUGCUUCCAGUUUUGGGUGGUAACAGUGGUUUACUACAAGGAAUUAUAUCAAUGGGAAAGCUGCUCCUGAUAUUAUCCAUAUAUCUCAUUGUUGCAUCACUACUAACAUGGUCAUUUGUACCCCGCUUUCUGAAGCUAAUGAUUCAAUUAUCAUCUCAAACAAAUGAACUUUACCAAUUAGCUGCUGUGGCAUUCUGCUUACUAUCUGCAUGGUGCAGUGACAAGCUGGGUCUUAGUCUUGAGUUGGGAUCAUUUGUGGCUGGGGUUAUGUUGUCUACAACUGACUUUGCUCAACAUACACUAGAGCAGGUGGAACCAAUUCGUAAUUUAUUUGCUGCUCUCUUCCUAUCUAGUAUCGGGAUGCUUAUAAAUGUGCAUUUUCUAUGGAACCACGUGGAUAUCCUUCUGGCAUCUGUGAUUCUAGUCAUAGUUAUUAAGACGGCACUUGCAGCAGUAGUAGUUAAGGCUUUUAGGUACAACAUGAGGAUAUCUUUCCAUGUUGGGGUGCUGCUUGCUCAGAUUGGCGAGUUUGCCUUUGUUCUUCUAAGCCGAGCGUCAAACCUACACGUCAUCGAGGGGAAAAUGUAUCUCCUCCUUUUGGGCACAACAGCUCUGAGUCUCGUAACGACUUCAUUGCUGUUCAAGUUAAUACCAAGUGCAAUGAACCUCGGUGUUCUCCUUCGAUGGUUCCCUUCUGAGAACAAUUCCCAAAACGAGGAGCAAAUCAAUCCAGAGCUAUCUCUAUUAAGAGCUAAACAUGAGUGGAGAAAGCCUCAAUAA